UUGUUGUUGUGGUAGGUAAUAUUUUUUUAUCUGAAAUUGUAAAUAAGUAUUUUUACAUCAUAGAAAAUCAAAUUUAAACCUACACUUAAUUAAUAGAAAAUUUACAUUAUUAAGUAUUUAAAUUCCUACUGUCGGCUGUGAAGAUAUUAAGACAUAACCUAAAAUGUCGAACACCGUAGUGCAAUAUGUUUUGCUAAGAAGUGAUUUGCUGAAAGAACUGGGCUGGUCAAUUGGAGCUCUAGUAGCACAAGCCUGCCAUGCGUCAACAGCCGUGCUACAUCUACAUAAAGACGACGACGUAACGAUACAAUACUUAAACGACUUGGAUAGUAUGCACAAAGUAGUGCUAGAGGUCCCAAAUGAAGAAUCUCUAAAAAAGUUAUCAGUAAAACUCCAAGAAAAUUCAAUAGCUCAUAAAUUGUGGAUUGAGCAGCCAGAGAAUAUCCCAACGUGCUUAGCCCUGAAACCAUAUCCCAAGGAUGAAGUCAAAAAGUUUGUCGGAAAAUUUAAGCUUUAUAAGGCAACAUUAGCUGGUAAGGAAACAAAGGAAUAAAAACACCACAAUAUUGAA